AUGCAAUGCAUUCGACAGGCAUUAGUCAAGCGUCCAUCAACAUUUAUCUGCCAAGGACGGCCAUCUUUACGCUCUUUUUAUGCUUUUCAUACAGCGUCAAUUGCUAAAGCUAAGAAAGACGAAUGUUAUUCUCCCGAUUCAAAGCGCAUUUUGGAAGAAUAUAUGAUCCCUGGCCCUUACCUGAAGUUUUUUGAAAUCUCAAAAAAGAAUAACGAUGGUUCAACUAGUUGGCAUAACACUCCAAAGCAAAUCAUACGGUCUAUACCAGCGAGACCCGUCAGUUAUAAUGAAUUUGACACUUCACCAACCAUUGCUCAGGAACGCUUCGCCCACCGAAUUAACAGAGCCAUUGCAACAACAUUUGCUAUCGAACUGAUGCCUUCAAAAUGGCUAAACACUAAUUACCUCAUUAUCCGAAAUAUCAAAGUGUCACGGAAUCUUAAGAAAUGCCAUAUAUUGUACACACUCACUUCAGUCAAAAAGAAAGAACGGGAGAAUGUUCAUAGUGCACUAAAAACUUGGACAAAAGCGUUGAGCGCAAUGAUUCGCAACAAUGCUCAAUUAAAAUACCCUAUUUCUGUCAAGUUUGUCCCUGAUACAGAAACAGUAGAAUUGGAAUCUGUACUAAAGAAAAUAGAAGCCGAAGAGAACCAGCAUUAA